AACAAUAACAAGUCGGAAAAAAACUUCAAUUUGUCCUGCUUUUCCGAUAAAUUCCCCGAAAAUUCGCUGCUUUUUGGGAGUUGUAUUGAUUUGACUCGAUCCUGCGAUAGCUCGUAACGUGAAAAGCUGCGCAAUGGACUUGAAGAAGUUGGAAGCUUUGGAAUCGGCGUGUAUUGAAUUCUAUCGUUCAGACGGAAGAAAUUCGCAGGCACAAUAUCAUGACUUACUGACACAAGCACAAUGCAGCAUGGAGGCUUGGUCGUUCUGUUGGGAAAUGAUGCAAGCCGGCAAACCGUGCGAAGUGCAAUUUUUCGGUGCAACAACGCUUCACACGAAGCUCAUGAAAUACUGGAACGAGGUCCCGAAGGAGCUGCAAGACGAUUUGAAGACAAAAUUGUUGCAAGCGAUUGUCACGUACGCCAACGGACCAAAACUCGUACUGAAUCGCUUGUGUAUCUCGCUCAGCGCUUUCGUCGUUUACACAAUUCACGAAUGGCCGACAGCGAUACAGGACAUCAUGAACUUGUACUUUCCGAAUAUCGACAAAAAUACGCAAGUUUGGAUAAUUUACGAGAUUCUUGCGGGAAUUCCGGAGAUGGCGAAUGCGAUUCACAUGUCGGUUCAACGUACGAUGAUCCGUGUCGAGUUGGGAAAGCAAACGCAGCUCGUUAUGAAGUGCUGUGAGCAGUAUAUAAACACAAAAGUUGAGGCGAAACUCGAUGACGAUGACUUGCCCGUGUUGCAAAAUACCGCAAAAUGCGUCAAAGAGUGGAUUAUGUUCACGGGAUACAGUUUAAUCGAGUGUGAGAGUCUUGUCGUUGCUCUUUUGAAGCUAAUUAAGCGAUGUUAUUGGGACACAAUUACCGAAAGUGACGGCUGCAUGAGUUCCGACGAGAGUGAAUUGACUUCAGGCUGUUUAAAAUCACUUCAAUGCUUGAUGAAUCAACCGGAUGCCCAAAAAUUCUCCAAUUCUGCGCUAAAUUUGAUGAAAUUGUUCUUGCAAGCGUUGACAGACAUCACCCGGAACGAAUGGAAAGAGAAUAAUUUGAACGAGGACAUUGCUUUUUCCAUUUAUUCGCUCUUUAUUACGAGUAUCGAGUGUCAUUCGCGCGUCAUUUUAGCUGGAAUCACGAGUGACAGUGCCGAACAUUACGAUUUGUACGACAAAUUAGUGCAAGAAAUCCUCCUUUGUACAAAUAAGCCCGGAAUUUACCCUGUGGAAGAGUCUUGCAGCAUUUUGGCGAUGGGUUUUUGGUACAUGUUACAAGACGAAGUGCUUUCCAUGGGAAAUAUUACCGAUAGAACGAAGUGUAUUGCAGCGAUUCGUCCCGUUUAUGCGCAUCUCGUGAAAAUUUUGGUGAAAAAAUCGCAACUCCCGACGGAGGAAUCACGUAAAAAUUGGUGCGCCGAUGAUUUGGAGACGUUUCGUUGCUAUCGUCAAGACAUCGCCGACACCCUUUUGUUCUGUCACGAAGUCCUGAACGAAGAAAUGCUCACAAUUCUCGGUCAAAUCCUCGAUGAAUCACUUUUGGCAUUGCAAACGAGUCUCGAUAACUGGAUGCAACUCGAAGCAGCGGUUCAUGGAUUUUGUUCGUUAGCUGCCCAAAUCGAAGAUGAUCAAGGUUAUCAAGAAAUUGCAAAGUUAAUGCGAGUUUUAAGCGAAAUUCCGUACGAAAAUCUCAAUGAAAAGUUGUUGGGCACGUGUUUGGAGACAGUUGGCUCGUACAGUGAAUGGUUGAAACUUUAUCCGACAUUUUUGCCGCCAGCGAUAGAACUUUUGUUGAAAGGAUUGAAUUCGUCGAUGUCGUCACAAGCAACGUUGGGAUUGAAAGAUCUCACAUCCGAAUGCCAAUUUCAGCUGAAACCGUAUUGUGAACCAUUAUUGGAGCAGUGUCAAAGGAUUUUGCUUACGGGAACGCUUUCGAACUCGGAUUCAGUGCGUUUGAUGUACAGUAUUGGGAAGUUGAUGAGCUUGGUGCCGAAUGAAAACAUCACGAUUUACUUGAAUGCGAUCGUUUCGCCGUGUUUUGAGGAGUUGCAAGCCUUGGCGCAGUCACGAGAUGUCUCAAAUCCCGCCCGAACUCGCACAAUUUUCCGUCUCAACAUGAUAUCAACCCUCUUUUGCUCCCUCAACACGAACAACAUCAGCAACGACGAAGAGCGUCAAUUCGUGCAACGUCUUCAGCGAGAUCCGACAGGCGCUCCUCCCGUUCAACCAAUUUUAAUCGUUCUACAGCGAACGAUGCCCGUAUGGACUGAAAUUUGUACCUUAUGGAUGAACGAUAUGCAAGUAUUAGAAACACUUUGUGGCGCCGUCGAUCAUGCUCUUGUGAAUUUAAUGGACGACAUAAAGCCGCUUUUGCAAGAUUUGUGUUGCCUCAUUUUAGGAAUUUUUCAAAAUAAUUGUGUGCCGCCUGCUAUCGAGAUUGCUGGAAAGUGCAUUAUGAUGUUCUGUCGAGAUGAACAUUUUCAAGGAACAAUGCGGCAUGUCUUCGCAGAGAUUUUAAUUCAUGUAUUUCGGCAAUUCGAUCAAACGCAAGACGGAAAAUUAUCAGAUAUUUCGGAUUUAUUGGAGACUUUUUACGGAUUUAACACGAAAAUUGUCAAGAGGAUAUCAGCGGCGUACGUUGAUUGCAACGUUGACUGCAUAAAGUUACUAAAUUAUGCUCUAAAAGGCAUCAUGUUACCUGAGACGGGACCAAUCAAACGCUGUACCUUGUUUUUAUCGACAUUUACGAAGGAAUCACGUUCGAAUCCCGUCAUGACAAACACCAUCCUCGAGAAAGGAGAAGAAAUUGUGAAAGUUGUUUUAAUGUGUAUUGGUGGCGUGACACCAAGAACCCAAAUUGACGUCUUUGGUGAUAUUUUUAUCAGUUUGAAUGCCAAAUAUCCGGCAGAAUUUGCGACAUGGCUCAAAAUCCUGUCAAUACCAAAUUUUCCAACGGGAUUAGUGAACGAACAGGACAAACAAUUGUUCAUGAAAUCAAUUUUAAAAGAAAAAGUGAACAAACGCCUUGUUCAGGAUCACAUUCGAAAGUUUGGAGCCAAAUGUCGUGGCUUAAUUGAGGAACACUCGUCAGGCGUUCAGCAAUAUAUUCACUAAAAAAACUUAGUUUCACCCAUUUUUUAAUUAAAA